CACCAGAGUAUGUGGUGUAUACAGAUUCAGAGUUGGACAUGGUGCGAAGUCAGUACUUUGCAUUGCUCCACAGUGGAAAGAAAAAGGAAUGUAAGAUGUCGAAGGAGCUCUGUUGCAGACUUGUAAGGAACACAGUGACCAGCAUGGUUGCAAUCCUCCGUGCUAGUCCCAUGGGGAAAGAAGUAAGAUACCCCUCCAAACUCGAAAUGAGAGCAAUGUCACAGAAGAUUGUCGACUAUUACCCCAUGUUACGUGAUGCUGACACACACAUGCCAUACCUGACCAUCUACACAAAACUGUACAAACGACUCCAAAAUAUGAAGUCUCCAAGGAAGAGGCAGGGCUCCAUGCCGCAACGAGGCAGGCCCAGGAAGACUCUUUUCAGCUCAGACGACACAGACAAUGGGACUGAAGGUGACCUAAGUGGUGAAGCAAGUGGUUCAAGUGACUAUACCAUACUUCUUGAGAGCAAUGAUGACCUCAGCGAGGAUAACUCAAAUGCAGAGAAAGAAUCCCAAUUGCCGCUACCCUCCACUGUACCAACUACGUCAAACAAUACUACCCUGGCUUUACCACUAUUAUCCAAGUCAGCCUCAUGCUCUGCACCCAGGGCUGAUAUAGGUCCAUCAACUGCACCUCCAGAUGAUGUUGUUGCAGACCAUGACAGCCUGAAGAUGCAGGCAAGGCAUUACAAAACCUUGAGUAACAUGUACAGGAAACUCAAUGCAAAACCCAACCAAAGUGACGUUGCUCAAAUUUUGGACCUGGAGUUUGAGGCCAGACGAGCUUUUAUUGACGCAGAUGUUACAAGGGAAGAAGACAGGCCCAGAAAAAUAUUUGAAGCAUACCCGUGCUUCAAAGACAUACGAAAUGCGAUGGAUGAACUGCGUCGCAUCGUUGGUGGCUUCAACUGCAAAUACAUAGAUCAAAUGAAGGGUCGAUGGGCAGAGUUUUGUUCGAAGGUGCAGUUCUAUGGCAUUUGGAAGAAGGUCCUGAAACCACCUCUCCCCUUGGAUGUACAUGGAGUGGAUUUUACUGUCACUCUCUUCAAUGCACUUCCAUCUCUUUUUCCUUCAAAAACUACACCACCAAAGCGGCUGGGAAGUGCCAGUGAGGCUCUCCUUCAUAUCCUCAAGCCGGGUGAAGAUGCUAUGCUAUACCUGGAGAAGCGGCCUCUCUCCUCCCCAGUGCUGCUUUUUGAUGGCACAACCAGCAUUGUUGCUGUAGGAAACAUACCAGUGACCACUCUCCCCUUGGAGGAUUUCUGGGAAGGAAUGUUGGUGUUGAUGGCAUAUUACUACACCUUGCACUUAACAUACCCGAAAUGUGUUGCAACGGUUCUCUCUGUCAUACAAACUGAGGUAAUCACUGAUGCCAUCCAUGAUCAAGAUGCCACUAGUGCAUAUAAGAAAGCAAUAGCUGAGUGGAAGUCAUUCUUUGAAAAAUAGGUGAAUACCAAGCAGAAUUUUAUCAGGUCAUUUGCAGUUUGUUUAGUUUUGUAGUACGUUUGUACAACUUUGUUCCUAAUUUGCCUACCAAUGUCCUGAGAAACUGCUUUACUUAUAAUGCCUUACAAAUGAAAGUUGUUGUUUUUUUUUUCUUAAUGACACUUUACCUGAGGCAUGUAAAGUUUUAAGUCAGUAAUGCCAUUAUUUACAACAUUGUGAGACUAUGUGACUGUCACAAAAGUUUAAGGCCAAAAAUG